UAGAUGUUUCUUGGCAACAGUUAUUGGCCAGAAACCGUUAAAUCCGCUGCUCUGAGUACGAUAAUCUGGCAAUGGUGAAGAAGCUGAGGUGGCAACAGCGGCGGCGCCAUUCCCGGUGAGGCAGGUGAGCUUCGCGGGCCUCGUGCGCUUCCUGUGUGUGGUUCUGAGGAUGAGUGGCAUAAACACACAAGUGGAUUUCUUGGCACCCCCCCGUGACCACAUGUGUGAUAGCGGCCAUGUAAGUCUGUGGGAAAAGGCCAACCAAAUGGAGCAUUCUUCUCAUCUGGCCACAAACAGCUCUGGAGGAAAUGAUUCCUUUCCAUUAUUUACUCCAGCCACUCAGGGUCCUCAAGGGCCACUUGGUCAAGAAGCCCCACUUGAAACUUCUUUCUUCCAGCGUGCUAACAGAGUUAUCUCUAAUUCUCUGAGAGAACCCACAGAUACAUGUGCAUCUGUUUUUCAAGCAGCAAACAGAGGGGGAGAUACUUUUAAGAAUAUUCACUUGCACUCAGGUCAGAAUCAUCUGGCUACUUCAAAUGUGUUUGACAGUUUUGACAGCUUACAUAAGGCAUCUCUGUUAGAAAAACAGAAGAUAAAAGAUUCUUGCAAUGCUUAUAAAACUUCUAGCAUUAGUGAUUCUGCUUCAGCUCACCCAGUAGUCAAAAGGGUUCCCAUUUUUAAGGCAGGCCGUAGUAAAGCCUCCAAAGUGCCUUUGCUGCCUAACAAAGCAAAAAAGAGGUUGAUUACAUCUGAAGAAGAACCUGUAAAGAAACAUGCUGGGAUUUCUUCUUUUAAUCAUUCAGAAAUAUCUGCUUUCAAACCAGUAAUUACAAAUGGUACCUCAGAAAUAGCCUCUACUCCAUCCCCUUCUCUGUCAACUGAAACUGUAGACAAUCAGAAUAUACCUCCUAGCAAUAAAGGAAAGACGUUACCAAAAAAACCCAAGUUUGGUAAACCACACCCCUGUCCUGACAAGAAAAUCAAGAAAGAGAAAAACUCACUUUUGAUGAAGUCUGGAAGUGGAGAACCAAACAGAGAAGACUCUGAUACUCUACGGAGCAGCCAACCUGGAGAAGAAAGUAAAUCAAUGGAUAAUGCACCAACAGAAAUAAUAAAAGAAGAAGUGUGUGUUGACAAAGACAAAUUUGAUGACACUGGAACUUUUGGUGAAGAAAAUGAAUCUGGAAAGGAGGACUCCUUCACUCACACACCAGUUCAGCGCAAAUCACCCAAGAAAAAGAAGAAUAAGACUCAGGGUACAAAGAAAAAUCUACCUAGCAUUCUGGGAUUCAAGAAAAAGAAGUUGCAUGGAGCUCAAAUUAACAUGAAAAAACACCCAGAGUCAAAUAAGGGUAGGAAGAAGAAACCGUCUCAAAUAAUGUCAGCUGGCCAGAGCAGUCAGUCAGAAGCCCUUAAUGAUAGUGACAAAAGUCCUUCACAAGUAAUUGAUGAAGAGAAGAUCAGUGAAUCUCAUGCAACUCAGUUUUCCAAGACAAAUACACAAAUGAUUCCUAACAAAAAGAAGAAAAUUUCUUUCAAUGAUAUUAAGGGCAUGAAGAGUACCUUUUCUGAUGCAGUGAAUAUAAAAAAGAAAAAAUCUCUGAAGAAUUGUACAUCAACCUCUGCUAUGAAACAGCAAACUGCAGAAGCUGACCUGCCAGGGCAGAUGGAGAAAGAAACACAUGGUUCUUACACAGAUGAUGCAAGUCACAAACCCUCAGUUUCUGAAGAUUUGACUGGGAGUACUUUGAGAUCCUCACCUCUGUCGCAUGACACAACUGAGAGUUCUUUGGAUUUAUCUCAGUCAAGAACAUCAGAAAUGUCAUCUUGUGGUGAAAGUGAAAGAAGUCGUGAGAGGGAUAAGUAUGAAGAAGAAUCUAAUAGAAUCACAGAUGAAGAGAUUACUAAUCUUUCAGAGGGCUAUAAGGAGAGUGUUUUGCAUUUACUGAACUCUGUGGACAGAGACACGUGGGUCCAGUGUGAUAGGUGCUCAAAAUGGCGCAAAUUAACACACAUCCUUGAUCCAGCCACACUGCCUGACAGGUGGUACUGUACAAUGCUGCCUGUCCCAGGAAAAAACAAUUGUCAAGUACCAGAAGAGGAAUGGAAUGCAAAAGAAAGUUACAUAUACUAUGAACACCAGUUUGUAGCAGGGUCAGUGGUAUGGGCUCAGGUGCCUGGAAGCCCCAUGUGGCCAGCUAUGGUUGACGUUGAUCCUGACUACAAGAGGUAUGAUUGGCUCAACAGCACUGGGACAAUUGUUACUUCCUACCAUGUAACUUUUUUUGGCGACCCUGUGACAAGAGCUUGGGUUACCUGCAGUAAUCUUAGGACCUUCAAGCAACAUGAUACCUAUAAGAAAAUUAUUUGUGAUGGAAAGAAGAACCCAACUAGAGAUCCCUUGCUGCGCCGGGCAGUGGAGGAGGCUACUCAUGCUCUGUCCAUGGAGGUUGGGCGCCGUAGAAGGACCUACACAUUUGUGGCCAGGUACAAAGGCAGCAUUGGGAGAAAUUCUGUCGACAAUCAGUCAGAAACUUCUGAGGUGAAGACAGCACCUUUGAAGACUUUUGGACAUAAGAAAAAAAAAAAAGUAUCCCCAGCAGUAAUGAAACCUAUUUCACAGGAGCCAGCAGAUACUGUUGAGAUGAGUGAUAAUGAUGGAAACAGAUCUCAGUUUCCAAAAGAUAAUGAAAUUAUGGACAGAGAUAAAUCUGAAAGUAGAUUGGAAAGACAAGAACAAAGUACAAAUGAGAGCUUUGACAAACAAAAUUUAAACAAAAAUAAUUCUGAGUAUGAUCAAUAUCAGACAAAUGACAAAAAUGAGGAAGAUAGCAGGAUUGGUGGAGGAUUCAUGGAUACUAUGAAUACUGACAACACAGAAGGAGCUUCAGAAAUGGAGUUUUGUGAUAAAGAGUGUUCCUAUGAUGACCAGUAUAUUAACAUUGAUGAAUGUCAUGAAACUGACAAAGAAACUACAACAGAAGGUAAUCCUAACAGUACCUUGAAAAAUAUUAAUGUCCCAAGUAAGAUGACUAAGAAAAAGAACAUGAUAAAAAGUUGUACUGGCAUUAAAAAAAAAAUGGAGAAAAUGAAUAUUAUUAAUAAGGACAAUAUUGUUUCUUCUGAAUAUGAUUUAAACUGUAAUGAAGUGUAUGAAUCUGAUUUACAAGGAAAUGAAGAAACGUUUAACAGUAUGCAUGGGUCUGAUUUACAAGAUAAUGAAGACACCCUUGCCAGUUUGGAUGGAACUGAUUUACAAGAUAAUGAAGACACUCUUGACAGUGUGCAUGGGACUGACUUACAAGAUAUUGAAGAAGCCAAUGACAGUGUGCAUGGAACUGACUUAAAAGAUAGUCAAGACUUUUUUGAUAGUAUGCAUGGGACUAAUUUACAAGUUAAUGAAGACACCUUUGACAGUCUUCAUGGAACUUACAUACAAGACAGUGAAGAAGUUAUUGACAGUCUUCAUUGGACUAACAUACAAGAUAAUGAAGACACCCUUGACAGUGUACAUGAGACUGACAUGCAAGAUAAUGAAGACACCCUGGACAAUGCAAAUGGGACUGACAUGCAAAAUAAUGAAGCCACUGACAGUAUACUUGGAACUGAUUUACAAGAUGAUGAAGAUACCCAUGAUGAUAUGCAUGAUACUGACUUACAAGAUAAUGAAGAAGCAGGAAGUCAUUAUCAAGAGCAAGAUGAAAAUGAAAUAAAUUAUAAACAGAGUUAUCCAGAUGAUGAGCAACAUGAUACUGUAAGUACUCCUGAACAUAACAACACAGAAAAUGAAAUAGAAAAAUACUGUUUUGAAGGUGGUACUAGUGAAUUUGUUGAACACUAUGACCAAGAUGGUAAUGAUGAAUAUGAUGAACAAGAUGAUAUGGAAAACAAUUAUGAACAAGAUACUAGCAUUUAUGAAGGGCAAGGCAAUGAAGACAGUUGUGAAGAUAAUAAAUACACCUUCACAAAAAAUACUGAAUAUGAUGAUGGUCAAGAUGAUGAAGGCAGUUAUGAAGCACCCAGUAAUUGUGAUUAUGAAGAUGAUGAUUUUGAAGAUAAUGAAGGCCAGGAUAUUGAUGACAGUGGUGCAGCACAAAACUUGGAUGAUGGAGACAAUGAAGACGGUUAUAAACAUCAGAAUGAGUGUCAUUAUGAAGAACAAGAUCCAAAUGAUGAUGGUGAAAAUGGAUGUAAUUAUGAAGAUCAGCUAAUUGAUGAUAACAAAGAACACAUUUUAGGUGAUUAUGAUGAUGGUAAUGGAAGUGAGCAUAAGGAAUUUAAUGAUAAUUACAAAUAUGACAAGACUGAUGAAUAUGAAUCCCAUGAUUAUGAAGAGCAACCCAAUGAUUCUUCCAAAGACUAAAAUAAGUCAAGGAGGAGUGUGAGACAUACAAAGGUGAAUGUGAGAAGCAUUAUGGCAUUAAAGUAUAAAGGAAGAUUCAUCUAAUUAGAAUUUAUGAUGAUAGAAGGGAGGUCACUAUGUAAAAGACCUUUGCUGAUACUACCAAUACAAGAAUUUUAAUGCAUAUGUACUCAUAUUAAUAAUGAUGAACAUUAUCCUACAGGACUGAUUCGGAAAUCCUUUAGAAUGGGUUAUGUUUGUUAAUUUGUAUGCACCGUUUUUAUUAUCAUUUAUAUUAGGGAAGAAAAGUCAAGGUAUAAAGAAAAAUUUUAAAACCAAGAAUCUAUCUCCUUGAUCUUUAUAUUGAUGGCAGUUUUUUUCAUUACUCAGUUCAGUUUAUAAUAGUUUUUUUACUACGCUUUUCAUAUUAUUUCUCCUUAGAUGGUAAUUACAUUUAUGGGGUUCAUUGACAUUAUUUUUUAUAAAAAAUUGAGUAUGAGACAGCAGUAUAGGUUUAUACCCUAGAUCGUGUAGAUUUUGUCCUUGGAUUGCUGCCAAAUAGAGGACUUAAUUUUAUUGAUGUAUUUUUCUGAAAAUAUAUUUUUUUAUUUGAAAGGAUUCUUGAACUUUUGAGUUAAUGGCUUUAAUGAACUUUUAAGUACAGACCUAUACACUCUGACUUUUAGGUGUAAGUGCAUGGUGUGAGAGAGCUUUCAAUGGGUUAUUUCAUAGAAUUAUUGCACUUGAGUUUGACAUUUCAUGAUGUAUAAUUUUUUUUCAAUAUAUAGUAAACAAACAACUUUCUAAUGCUGAUCCACUAAAUUUUCCUAAAUUAGAUGAUUCACAGUGUUCUUUGUAUUCCUGGCUGCCUUGGGGACACACCCAACACUAACCUCUUCCUAACCUCUAAUCCUUCAGCUUGCCCUGUUAAACUGUACUCUCUGCUGGGCUCCUUUGAUUACAACUAUAUUUCUAUAUUCUAUCCUAUUGCUACUUUACAGCCUCAGAACCCAUGGAGGAAAUGAUACUUCUUGCAUUAUGCUUCAGCUGACCAGAAAGACCGAAGGAUGUACCUUUCAGCACUUACUCGUCUAACAUCCAUUUCUCUGUCCAUUGCAUCUUUUUAUCUUGCCUGAGGUACAAAUUUCCUUCAUCUAACCCACCUCUCUUAUCCUUGGUUGUGUCCAGGUGACCCACUGGCUUAGAAGUUCUCACUAAAGUUUAAAGUAGCAUGUGUCAUGUGAUAUUUCGCCUUUAUAAUCAGUAGUUUUAAGGGAAGCAUCACACAAAUAUUUUUGAAAAAUCAAAAUAUUUGAAGAAAUCUCAUGUUCUAGGGCACUUCAGCUAUCAUGUCACAAUGUUUUAUAGGGAAACACGUAAAACUGAAAGAGUUAAGGUUGAUUUUUUCCACCCACCCCCCUUCCAUGUCAGGGCAGGGAACGCGUUGGUGCAUACGUCUUCAAUUCCUUUUUCUGCGAAAAAAAAUCCGUAAUGGAAAUUCAUAUGACAUUCACUGGCAUCUAGAGGCAAACUGGCAUCUCUAUCACACUCAAGGCUUCACUACUCACUCCUCUCACAAGCUUAGAUGCGAAUGAACAGUGGAAGAGGCUGGUUGUUGCUCCUCGCCACUCAUCCUUCCAUCAUUCCUGCUCCUUUCAGACCAUAUAUCCUCACUCCUUUUGUUUAUGACACACUGUUUACUGCACACUACAUUGUUGUUACACCACCAUGCCGAAGGCAUCAAGUUCCAAAGAAGCUCAGAAACAGAGAAUGUUAGCUGUAGUCCAACACUGCCGUUCGACAUGUGAAGCGGUGACCAUGAAUCUGCCACCCCCAUCUCCACCCACCCCCCUCCUCAACCACUGAUAAUACUGAAUUCUCACAGGGCUGUGCUAGCUUUCCACAGUUUGUUGGCUUACAAGAGCCACAGCCAUUAGGGAUGCCUCCAUGCACACCUACCGCAGCACAACUCACCUAACAUGACACAUUGUCUUCACACCAAAAGCGUAUGAAGAUGAUGAAAUACGCUACUUAACCUGAGAAAACUUUUAGUAGGAGGUCCAUUAUUUCAGAACGCUAACUCCAGGCAUUGGCUUCAGGGCUGAGGUGCCCCCGUAUGUGGUGUAGAGGCAAUGUAGGUGGUGCCUUCUGUUACUCUCGCCUUUGAGCGAUUAAUAUGCUUUGCAGUAAGGGGGGACCAGAUACCAGCUAUACACUAGAACUCGACUAAAAAUGAUUUUUUCAACGUUCAACAUUUUUCAAUUAUGGAUAAAUAGUUGCACAAAUUCAGAAAAACCAUCACGAGAACCAAAAUAAUGAAAAAUUCCUAACUAAAAAAGAAUGAAAUUUAAAGGUCUCAAACGAUGAAUCAUUUAGAUAUCCUAUAAUGCAUAUUUGGUAUUUCUUUUCAUCACUAAGUCAUUAGAUAGGAAAGUAGUUGUCAGUUAUAUUUUUCCAAAAAAAUAUAUAUAUAUUUUUUUCCAGUUAUGAAUCGAGCUAUAGAUCUGAAAAUGAGUGUAUAUUAUUUUGGCAUAGGCAUAUGUUUCACAUAAAUAUAACCGUGGCAAUUCACGGCAACUAAGAAAUGGUGUGAUGCUUCCCUUGAGGGUUGCCUUCUAUGGAUUUGAUGUGUUGAUGGAAGUGAAUGAGGCAGGUGAGAGGGGCCAUAGUGGGGACUCUGCCAGCAGUACUCCACAGAAGUCUCCAGAACAACCAUCACACUGAGCACCUCAUUAAUUGACUCCUUUAAGGCACCAGGGAGAUGAUAUUGGCAAUAUCCUACUGUAAGUAUUAUACAUCAAUUAAUCAAUCAUUGGGGCUUGUUCCCUCCCCCACCCUAUGACGCCAAGCCCAGGGGUUCCUCUGGGCAAGUCUCUAUGCAGGCCCCCUUCCCAUCCUGAGUACCUCCUAGCAGGAUCCAUUAACUUGCUCUAGCCAGGAACUCAGUGAGUGCCCCCUUGGCCUCCUCCACCCCAGAUUGUUUCUUAGAGAAACGACCUGAUGCACAGGGUUGGCUUUAGAGUGGCAUGCCACAUGCCUGUAUAGCUGGAGUUACUGUUAAUGGACUUUGAGGGUAAUAUGUGUUGAGUCAGUCUCACAGAGGAGUCGGUGGCUUGACACAGUCAUUCUAGCGAUAUCCCAUGAUUUUGCGAAGACACUUAUUAACAAAGGCAUCAAUCUGCCUUUCCAAAUCACUGUAGUGUCCAUGUCUAACGACCUUAAAGUAAGAUGGGAAGCACAUGCAUUUUGAUCUUUGUCCUACUUCACAGGUAUCGACAACGCCAUAUACUCGAGCUGAGCUAGUCCAUAACACCGUCGGGCAAGCCAAUUCACUUCAAGACUUUAUGGCAAAACCUGUCAUUGUUCUGAACUAACCAAGGUAUGUGAAAAUUACCAAAAUCUCAAUGUCCUUGCUACAUGCAUGAACAAACUCUAUUUUAUCUAGCAAGCCUCCAAACACUUGUACCUUGGUGUUGGCCCAAGAGACCUGGAGUCUCAAGGGCUUCGCCUUCUCGUACAGUGCCUCGAGAGUCAUCACCAUAACCUCCACUGACUCGGCAAGGAUUACUGCAUCAUCAGCUACAACAAAGCCAGCAGCUGCCCCACAAUGACUGGUCCACAACUCUGACUAGUGCCAAGACCAUACAAAUGUUGAAAAGCAAUGGGAUGAGGACGCAUCCCUGCCUCACUCCCACAUUCAUGGGAAAGAAGCUGUCCCCACCCCCUCUGACACUCCACAGCACUCUCAGUUCCAGAAUACAGGCUAGUCAGCAAAUCAAUGGUCACAGGAGAUUCCAGAGUGCCUUGCGAUGCACUGAAUGAAACGCCCUCUUCAGAUCAACAUAGGCUGCAAGCGUCCCCUGUCGAAGCUUACGUCAGUGCUCCACCAGUACACAAAAUGCUUGGAUACGGUCAAUGAUUGACUUACCAGGGGUGAACCCAGACUUCUCAGGUCUCUAAAGCUUUUUGAGGUUUGUAUACUCUAUGGUACAAUUAAUACUGAUGUAUAGAUGGGGUAGAAAAGUGCUAAACUAGAAAAAAAAGAUGUAGAAAUAGAUUUAGUGUACCAAGGCUGAAAGAGCCUCCGGAGAAAAACUUGUGGCAUCUUUUCUUAAAUUAGACUCGAUAAGUGGCCCUAACAGCAUUUUUAUUGAACAGCAAUUCAUACACUUGGGAAACAGAAUAAUUAUAGAAAUACCUUUUAACCCUUUCACGCACCAAAAGUUUAAUAAGUUUCUCUUUCCACUGCGACAUCUGUCUGGGGCUCCCUAGGGGGCCUCGCGGAAUGGCCUGACCGUGCUGCAAAAAUUCUAUCGAUUUCACCCACAAGUAUUCUUUUUUCCUGGCAUUAUUAUAUAUUGUUGGUUUUGGAAGACUGAAAAAAACAAUUUAACCGUUUCCAUCCGUGACGCAGAUGUCGGCGUCACAGUAUGGAAAGGGUCAAGAGGAAAUGAAGAGGAUUAAUCCUCUUCUAAACCUC